UCAUGUCUCCAAUAGAUUUUGCUCAUCGACUAUUAGACGAACUUGUAGCAUUAGCAGUUAAGUAUGGCAGUAGUACUGCAGUAGAGAUGGACAGUGACAUGCCACCAGUUGGCACUGGUCAGCAGACAGCUGUAGAUGAGCGUAACAUUUCCCGUCAGACAAACAGAGACAACGAGACUGAACAAGCCAACGAGGCAACGGCAGACACUGACGAUGCAUUACAAGAUGAUGCUCAACAUGUGGAUGUCGACCCAUCCAGCAAUCGCUCAUCAAGAUAUUAAUAUCAAAUGUGCACAUGGUGACGGGAUUCCAAAGCCAGACGCGCGAGCCAUCCAGCUGCUCUGUGAUGUCACCAUGUCCACGUUGGCCACGAGGAAAAGAAAGUUCCCAGAAGACGCCAGUGACGUGUCUGACGCGAAACGACUCUCACCGACCGUCAUCAGCUCGGCGGCAGCCGCCCCGCUGUGGCGUGAAGGCCACAAUGAGACAAAUCCGCCGCGUCCGCCACCAAGAGAGAAAAGGUUGACGUCAGAAGAGGCCCUUUCUCUCAUGCCUGGCGAGUGUGCGGUUCGCAUCUACUGCGACGGCAUUUUCGAUCUCUUUCAUCAGGGUCACGCUCGAGCGCUGAUGCAAGCGAAAACGGCGUUUCCGAAUGUCUAUCUGCUUGUUGGAGUGAAUAGUGAUAAGUUGACUCACAGCUUGAAGGGGAGAACUGUGAUGAGUGAAGACGAACGUUACGAUGCUGUCAGACACUGUCGUUACGUUGAUGAGAUCAUAACCGACGCUCCGUGGUUCAUAACAGAGGAAUUCAUUGAAAAACACCAGAUUGAUUUUGUUGCCCAUGACGAUGCCCCAUAUGCUGGUCCAGGCCAGACUGAUGUGUAUAAGGAUAUCAAAGCUAAAGGCAUGUUUUUAGCCACACAACGGACAGAAGGAGUGUCGACAUCAGAUAUUGUCUGUCGUAUUGUAAGGAACUACGACAGUUACGUUCGACGUAAUCUCGCACGAGGAUAUUCAAGGAAAGAUUUGAAUGUCGGCUUUAUGAAGGAGAAGGAGAUCAGAAUGAAGGAGAAAAUGCGCAAGUUAAAAACCAGAGUGAACGAGAAGGCCCACGAGAAGUGGUCACAACUGGAAGACAAAUCUCACGAGCUCCUGCAGAAAUGGGAAGCGAAAUCGCGAGAACUGAUAGGAGGAUUCCUGAAGAUCUUUGGAAAAGACAGCACGCUGUCUGGCUUUUUGAAGAACGGCAAGGAGCUGGUGAAAGAUGCUUGGGUUGCUCUGUCUGUCUCACCUACGACUUCCGAUGAAGAUGACGACGACGACGACUAGAAUGACGAUGAUAAGGACAUUAACUAUUUGCAUUUUACUAACCACAUUGAACAGUGUAAAACUACAAGCGUGUGUACAAUGAAGUUGCUAUUGACAGUAGCAAAGAAGACUGGUUUUGAAUAUCUAUUGAUUUAUAUUGA